CUACCGCGUCGCUCUGCCCGCAGUCAGCGUUCGUCGCACGCACGAACGAACGUGCGCGAAUGUUACGCGUCGGCCUCUACCCGGUGAUUAUUCACGCGUAACCCAUAUAUAAGGUCUCUGUUGAAUCUAUUGCCUCACGUGUUUUCAUAUUAGCCGCGUAAUGAGUCGCUUCAUCGAAAUCACUCCCCUGGCUCAAGAAAUGGAAUGGACAAACGCACAAGUGAUCAAAAUGAUGCAGGAGUACAAGAACCGGCCGAUCCUGUGGGACCCCCACCACGACAUGUACCGGGUGCAAAGCGCGAAGUACGAGGCCUGGUCCCAGAUGGCACAGAUAUUCCAGUGCGACGUAGUGGAUCUGCGGAAGAAGUUCAACUCCAUCUUCGCGUCACACCGUCGGGAGAAGAUGAAGGUGCGCCACGGUACGCGUACUUCCUGGUUCCUGUAUGACUACAUGAGCUUCCUGCCCACACACCUGGAGAACGUGCCGGGGUCAGCCCAGCCCGCGAAAGAAUCGUGCAAACAAGAAGACACAGAGGAGAAUAACAGCGAUAGCUCCCAGGGGAACUCCGAGCACGAGAUCAUCAUCAAAGAGGAACCGUUGGAGCUAUCCCUUGAAAAAGCCCAAAAGUUGCACACGAAGCCACGCCUCAAACGGGUCAUCAAGAGAACCCAAUUGGCACCGAAGAGACUGGUACGAAGAGUUCCCGUCCAUGAUGUGUCCAGUGUCUUCAAGUGUGUUACCCCCUCAGGGGGGUCCAAGUUGAAGGACGAGUGCGACUCGUUUGGAGAGUAUAUCGCCGUCUCGCUCCGGAAACACGACGAGCGGUCGAGGUCUAUGAUCAAGCAGGCCAUCAAUAAUAUAAUGUUCGAACAGGAGAUGAAAAAAUACAACAACUCCUACACAGUGGUGAUGACUGAAGUGGAGAACCCCCUCGACAUCGAGGAAACGGAGAAUUGUGAUGAAGCGAACUGAUUAGUUCUUAAUACUAGCUAUAUGUUUUUAAGGUUAUUAAAUGUUUAUUUUUUUAUUGA